AUGGAGAUCGAACAGUUCGAGGACUUGCUCAAGACGAUGGUUGAUCUUGAAAAACAAGAGCAGGAACGGCAACAGGCAAGGCAGAUCGUUGAGAACAUUCUCGAUUGCGUCUUGCAAACGAACGUUUCUCAUGAGCAGAGAAAGAAAGCUGAGGAGUGUGUAAACAAUCUGGCGAAUCCAGUGAAUCUGAACAUUACAAAUGAUGCUAUUCUCGCUCAAUCUCUGUCCGACAACUUCACCAGAAAGCAAAUCGCCAUUCAGAAACGCCUUGCACAACUGCAAUACAUUCUUGAUAACUCGACGUCUCACUAUGCUCAGGCUGUUGCUUGCAACAGUUUGUCGCUGCUUGUCACAAACAAUUGGAAUGAGAAGAUGAUUCCCUACACAGAAAUUAAGAAUUAUGCUCUCAGUUUCUUGUUCACGCACGCCACAGACCCGAACUGCCCACCUUUCGUGAAGCAAGGGAUGGUCAGGCUGCUCUCGAGGGUUGCUAGGUUGUGCCGAGUGAGCAAUGGGCCUGACUGUGCGAUCAUGAAUGAUCUGAGCAAGAUGUUUGAGACGUCGGUGGAACAUUUCAUCCUGGGGAUGCGAAUAUUGCUGGAUUACGUAGAGGAAAUUGUCGCAAAGGCUGGAGAGGUUUCUUUCUUGCACCGGAGGAUGUUCUUUUAUUCCGAUUUGACGACCAUCUUGAAGUUUGCUCUGGAAUCUGUUCGCAAGUACUUCUCGAACAUGAGCUCAGAAAACGAUAAGUUGCUCCUGGACUCUGCUCUAGAACUUACCGUCCGCUGCCUGACUAGUCCGGAUGCAGACAGGACGUACGACAAGGACGAGAUGGAUCUCGGCCGGGGGCUGAUCCUUGCCAAGUGGAGCCCCUUCAUCACUCAGAUGGAGCUGAUCGACAUGUUCAUCGUCAUGUACGGCUCGCUGGAUGCUCCGAUCUCGACGCGGGCCCUGACGAUAUUGCUCUUCAUCUCAUCGCUGAGACCCGGCAUGUACCGAUCUAUCGCAGACUUCCAGAAUGCCACCAAGAGGAUCAUCAUGGGGAUCGGGCAGAUUCUCAAGAACAGGAAGGAGCUCGACAACCCCAACAACCUCGACAUCUUCUGCAGGUUCUUGAGCGAGUUCGGACAAGUCUGUAUCAUCUGGAAGUACAUCCCGAAGAACGAGUGUAACGAGUUCAUCGAGAUGGCAUCAUCGCUGACCCUCGCAAUCUUGCGGGAGCUGGAGCCCCCUCCCAACAGCGUCUACCACCUUCUCCACUUCUGGUGUAGGCUGGCCGUGUCCGAGAUGGGGCGAGGGAGGAGCUCGCCGCGAUCUCCCGAUCUUCAGAUCGUGCACGAGGAGAUUGAAGAGGCGGACGAUAACCUCGGGGACCUCUACGAUGUGCUAGAGCGAACUCUGCCCGCCAUCGUCUACACGUACAUCACUGGGAGGAUCGAGUGCAUUCAAGCUGCUGCAUCUGGUGGCGCUGACAACCCCUUGGAGGACAUCGACUCGCUGGAAAACCAGCUGGAGCUGAUCCCGAUCCUUUGCACCAUCCGGUACGAGAAGAUCGGAGGGCAGCUGUUCGAAAUGAUCGACCACUUCUACAACGUCUACGAGGCCGCCUUUAGCAGCUCCAACCAGGUGCAGCUGGAAGUGCUGGAGAUGCAGAUUGCAUGGAUGAUCCGGUUGUGUUCUGCCAUCGUGGGAGGCCACUACACGGUGAGGGCAGGGAGCUUCCGCUCCUUCGACAUCAACCCCAUUAUCGAGACGACGCUGCAGGAGGGAGAGGAGCUGGUGGACGCAGAGCUGAUAGGAAAGGUCUUCAGGCUGAUGAUGCUGAUCCAGAGAAGAAUCUCAGUCUCCAACACCCAGGACAAGUGCGACUACAGGCUGGAGCUUGCCGUCCUCACUUUCCUGGAGAAGCUCAAGCUGGGCCUCCUGUAUGUGGACAGGACCCUUGCAGAGCAGAAAGAGGACACAGGGCAGAUCCCGGAGUACCUGCCCUCGUUCCUCCGACGGCUGGUGAUCAGGCGACCGAAACCCAUCCUGACGCAAGACAUGCACAUUGAAAUCUUCAAACGGAUCGGUUUCAACGAUCACAUGGAGGUGAUCAACAUGAUGCUGGGGAAGCUGCUGGAGAACCUACAGGUCUGGGGCCACAACUCGAUGGUGGUCAAGGAGACCCUCCACCUGCUGGGGAUCAUCAUCCACGGUACAUCAGGGGAGGGAACAUUGUCAAUGCUGCUGGAGAUUGAGACGAUCAAGGGUCUGAUGAAGAAUCACGCAGCUGUAUCGUCCUCAUUCCUCAACUAUCCCGCUAACGCAAAGAAUCGCACCAAUUACUACCUGACCAUCACGCAGCUCUUCUUGCUGGAGGAGGACGACGCAGAGGCGUCUGGAUCUUUUGAGACGUUUCUUGAGCCCACCAUCACGACGCUGGUUCAGCUCAAGAACACGGCGAACUUGCGGACGGACGAGGCUCGCUUCGCCAUCAUCGGGGUCGCUAGGGAUCUUCGAGGGAUCGCAUGCGCAACGGACGGGAAACUCUUCCACGUGCUGUUUGACAUGAUGUUCCCUGCCUGUCAAAACGUGUUCGCUCGCUGCCUCGAAUGCUGGGCGGACGAUCCAGCCGUCUGCAUCGCUGUCCUCAAGAUGUGGAUGGAGAUCGCUUCCAAUGCCAGAAAUCGCAUCUCCUUCGAUGCCGGAAUCCCCGCCGGCCUCGUCAUCUUCAAGGAGCUGGCCAUGACCAUCAUCGUCUACUGCCGCUACCUGCUGUCCAAGGGCCCCAACUCUGGCGGCAUGGACCCCUACAACAACCGUUACAAGUGCAUCGGAAUCUGUAUGCUGAGCAUGACGCUCGCACUCUCCGGGGAGUACGUUGGAUUUGGCGCCUUCUCCAUGUACGGGGACAGCGUGGUGGAAGACGUGUUCAAGCUGAUUGUCCAAGUGGGCCUGUCGAUGCCGCAGAACGACAUCCUGGCCUACCACAAGGUCGCGAUCUCCUUCUAUUCCUGCAUCGAGGCCAUGUUCAAGCACGCCAUUUCCAUCGUGAUCGGUCUGGAGACUGUAGAAGUCACGCAGAUACUUCAGAUCGUGUACAACGGCUUGACAAACGCUCUGCACCCGAGCGUCCACGUCAUGUGUGCUUCUACCAUUGAGAGUUUCGCCAUCUUCCUCUUCCGCACGAGCAAGAGACGCUCGUCCCUGGCGGUCAGGAUGAGGCUCCAUCUCGAGCAGGUACCCACCCUGCUCGGCGACUUGCAGCUGGUGCUGCUCAAGCAGGUGAUCUUCAACGACGUGGUCGGGCUGGAGCUCUUGGCCUUCCCGCUCCUCUCACUCAUCUUGGCUGCUGAGACAACUUUCACCGCUGUCACAAACGAGCGAGACAAAGUCAACAAGGAGGGCUCUGCCUGA